GGUGGCCACCACGCCUUGGCAAAAAUUUCGAACGGCCAGAAACAGUCACAGUGGCGGCAAUUUGAGAUUGAAGGUCUAGUCUUGGUGUCUUCAUCAGCUUGUCAUCAGUAGCAUCGCGACGAGACUCCUCGAACUUUAGUAUUUCUAAAGAACUCUACUAAUCCAGAGUCGAGACAAGGACAAGUUUAAUAUUCAGUGGAAGCUAUCAUAGAACGGAGAAAGAAGAAAAGAGAGAGAAGAUAGAGGAGCCACAAUGCUGCUCCGUCGAAUCUUUCGAUCCGUCAAGAAGCGCAUGAAGAAGGUGGUGAAGAAGCCCAAGGAGGCAGCAGUGUCCACUACUACUACCACAUGUACUUCUUCUACGACCACCACCACCAGUAGUAGUAGUGUUACCACCCACAAGGCAUCCUCUCAUCCAAAGAGAACUUCUGUAGCUCCACUUCCCUCUUCCUCUUCUCCUUCCUCUUCCAAUAACAAUGUCUUUCGAAGCCACAGCGAUCUCCUCCUACUCAAAAAAAGCAACGGCUCGGCCUUCCAUCCUCCUUCUUCUGCUAAAACACGUUCUGCGGGAGCCUUUCCCACUACUCCAAGCAACACCAAUGCUCGUCCACUUCCUCCUCUUUCUUCCGCAAAGCCCAACAAGUAUGCUGCCAGUUCUUCCACCUCCUCCUUUUAUCAGUCUCCUUCUUCCGCCUUUUCUUCCGUAUUGGCACCACCUCCCACUGAUACCAAGCCUUACCACAAGAUUAACCACAACCACAGCUACAGUACAGCUACCACUGCUACUACCACUAGUACUACUACUGAUUCUAUCCACCACCCAAGAAAACCUCGCAAACAAGUGUGUUUUGGCUACAUUAUGGAACACCGGUACGUCAAGCCACCCACACGGACCAAGGCACAACGCAAGGCACUCUGGUACUCCUCCAAAGAAAUCAAGGCCAUGCGGGUCGAGAUUUGCGUGCAGCGAAAGAAACAAAAGAAACACCUUGUCAAUAAGGAAGAAAAGGCCAAACACGAACGGCGACGUGAUUUUGUGCGGUCCUUUCUCUACUUUUGCAAUGACCUGGGGGUAAGUGAUCCAAGGGCAUUGGCCGUGUUCGCGGCCACCAACAGUCUGAAUGAUCGACAACGUGCCCUUGUAUUGGCGCGAAGCGAUGCCCACGAUGCCUGUCGCAUCUAUCACGAUUUCAUCAUGUCACCCGACGGAGCGGAAGCUGCAGCGGCACGGUUCUUUUUUGGACAGCCAUCUCCAUCGUCUCAGCGCUCUCUCGUGUCACCGUCCAAUCUACACCAGAGCAAACAAGGUGUCAGCAUAGCUCCUCCUCGUCGGGAACGACUGCCACCCAAGUCGUUGGAGUCACGGCAUUUGCAGACACGGCCUUCGGUGGUGACAGCCCAUAAGGUGCUCACAUUUCAGUGUGCCUUUUUGUGAGUUACCACACAACACCAUGAAACAGUACACACCACAAGCACGCACAAUGAGAAGAGAACAUGCACACAGUUCUGACCAUACACACACAGAAAGAGAAAACGAGAAACAUACAUACGCAAACACUGCACACAAACAAACAAACAAUCAAUCCCAAUGAAUCAAUCAUGCCGCACUUGAACUGUUGCAUGCAUCGAAAAGGGAUCUUGAUCAUAAUGAAGAAUCACAAACACGGGGACCUGAACACUGCCUGAUUGCAGGAAUAUCUUGAUGCUAGCUAGCACUUGUUGCAGGGUUUGGAACCUAAACAAGGAGUAAAACACAGAAC